CGCCCGCUCCCCUCCUUCUCCGUGCCCUGGCAGCCGGGAGGCGGCACGGAGGGACCAGCCGUGCGCCGGGGCUCGGAGCCCCCCGAGCAGAACGAGCCGACCCUUCGCACCAUGCCGGCCGCCGCGCCGCCCCCGCCCCACCCCGCGGCGGGGUCCUGCUGCCACUGCGCGGGACGCCAAGGCUUGUUUGAACAUUCAUCGCACAAUGCAAGCUCAAAAGUAAAAGAGAGGAAACUACAAGGAACUUAUCUUCCUAUUGGUCGUGGAAAACCAUGUUUGAGUGAAAGCAGUCAUAGGUCCCCAUUUUUUAAUCCCCGGAACAGUUUUCACACCAUACAUUCAGAACACAGUCCUGUGAAGCCAAGGAUUAUUACAGUGGUGAAACCUGGUGGACACACACUCAGAAGGAUAACCUUGCUUCUCAACAGGAGAUCAGUCCAGACCUUUGAACAGCUGAUGGCUGACAUUUCAGAAGCUCUGGGAUUUCCACGCUGGAAGAAUGACCGCGUGCGAAAGCUUUACAAUCUGAGAGGCAGAGAAAUCCGAAGCGUUUCUGACUUCUUCAGGGAAGGUGAUGCGUUCAUAGCUAUGGGGAGGGAACCCCUCACUUUGAAGAACCUGGAAGUGGUAUUACAGGAACUUUAUCCCGAAAAUCCUUAUGCUGCUAGUGCUGCCAUUCAGCAGAAUGAGGAGCAAUCCCAACAACUGAAAAGCAGGCUGUAUGAAAAGGCUUCAAAAGUGGACAGUGGCUUUGAUGAGACAGAAACUGCCAAGAACUGCAGUGAUGGCAUGUCUCCCAAUCUGGUAGCUGGACAUGAAGGAAAAAGUCAAGCCAAGAUAAAGCAAGAGGUAAAAAUGAGAACCAAAAAAAAGUGGACUAGAGAGAGCUGGGGUGGCGAACAUGGAGUAAAGCCUUCUAGAAAAACCCGAGAAAGUGACAGGUACCUUAACCAUGAGAGGAGUCUUGAGGAGGGAUUAGAAGAGAGUUCAGAGGAAGUGGUGAGGUGUGAGAAGUGUGAACAGGAAAGGCAGGCCAGACAAAAGUUAGAAAGGGAAAGGCGGGCUGAAGCCUCAUUUGAGAACAGGGACCUGAGCACAGGUGCGUGUCAGAGGUACCAUAUAGAAAGAAAUGCAAAAGUCAGGAACUGUCAAAAAUCUUCAGAAACUUGUCUGGGAGAUGAGGAAGUGGGUUGGAAAGAUACUGGCUGUAGGAGGAUGUGGAAGCCCUUACAAAGACAUGUUAAUGAAGGGCUGGAAAAGCCAAAAAGGAGCAUUGAGAAGGAAAGGGAUGUGGAGAAACAUGAAAGCCUUGGGAAGGAAGUAGUAAAAAUCAAGAAGAAUGCUGUAGAAGGGUUGCAGCUAGCUCACGAAGUUAAGGAAGAGAAUAUAAGUAGCUGUGUGAUGAGCCAAAGUGGUUGGCUAAGGAAAGACACUCCGAGGGAUGCUGAGAAGCCAUCUAAAAUGCAUAGGGAGAGUCGAGAGGGACAAAGGGCUAAAGAGGAGAGUGCCAGAAGAGAGGGGAAUAUCAUGCAUAGAGAGACUGACAUGACACGGCGAGAAAAAACAGGGGAGCGCAGAGUGAAUAAAGAAGAAAUCAAGACUCAGGGGUUGGAAAAUGCAAGCCGGAGGUAUGCCAUUAAAAGCAGAACUGAUGUGGAAAAGCACUAUGAGAUUGGCAGAACUAUUGGGGAUGGGAAUUUUGCAGUGGUGAAGGAAUGUCGCCACUGUGACUCCAAUCAGAUCUAUGCCAUGAAAAUUGUUGAUAAAUCCAAGCUGAAGGGGAAAGAGGACAUGAUGGAAAAUGAAAUUCUGAUCAUUAGGAGUCUCUCUCAUCCCAAUAUAGUAAGCUUAGUUGAAGUGUAUGAGACAGAAGCUGAAAUCUACCUAAUCCUGGAGUAUGUCCCAGGAGGGGACUUAUUUGAUGCAAUCAUAGAAAGUGUGAAGUUCACGGAGCACGAUGCUGCUGUCAUGAUCACUGACCUGUGUGAAGCGCUGGUUUAUAUUCACAGCAAGAACAUUGUCCACAGGGACCUCAAACCAGAGAAUCUUUUGGUUCAGCAUAAUGCAGACAAAUCUACUACGCUGAAACUAGCAGAUUUUGGCCUUGCAAAGCAGGUCACAAAACCCAUAUUUACUGUGUGUGGAACACCAACGUAUGUUGCCCCUGAAAUACUUGCUGAGAAGGGCUAUGGGCUUGAAGUGGAUAUGUGGGCAGCUGGUGUGAUCCUUUACAUUCUGCUCUGUGGUUUUCCCCCUUUUCGGAGUCAGGAACGUGAUCAGGAAGAGCUGUUUCAGAUCAUACAGCUGGGCCACUAUGAAUUCCUUUCCCCGUACUGGGACAAUAUUUCUGCAGCAAAAGACCUCAUAACCAGGCUGUUGAUAGUGGAUCCCCAGAAGCGCUACACAGCACGACAAGUACUUCAGCACCCUUGGAUAAGAACAGCUGGAAAAACUAACAGCAGAAAUUUGCAGAGGGAAGUGACAAUAAAUAUUGAGCGUCAUUUCCGGGCCCAGCGCCGAAAGGAAGUUGCAGAUGGGGACACUUGAAAUCUCUUCAAGCUCAUUUAGUCUUCUUUUUAUUGAUUAACUAAUUAUUUAAUUUUUCUUUUCUAAACUAAUUGGGCCUUUAGUUUAUAGCUGUUGCUGUCCACUGACAUGCUUCUUUUUUUUUUUUUUUUUUUAUUCUGAGAUUCUGAAGAAUGACGGAGAUCAAAUUUCAUCCACUGCCCUCUGAUGUUACUUGAGAGUCUCUCCUCUCUGUUGACAACAGUGGGGACUAGAUAUUUCUGGGACAGCAGCUAUUAUUUUCUUUAAAUACUAAUUUGGGCUACUAUGUGACAAAAUGUAUGUCUUUUAGACAGCAGAUGUCUGCUUCUGUGGCUGACACUAGCGAUGAUUGUGAAAUGUUUUCUCUUGUCUUUUCUGGUGCGAUACCUUCCAGAGGUUUUGUAUUUAUGAUGUUUUGUAUUUAUAAUGUUUUCAAAAUAGCUGUCUGCAUACACAUCCUGUACUAUUUCUCUAAACUGUCUUUUCACCAGUUCUUGCUAGCAAUGGAGAACGUGAAAGAAUAAAAAAUGUACAUAUAUUUUUUAGAUGUAGGAUAUGUUAAAUAGGCAGCAAGAUACUGUUGAUUAAGUUGUGAGGUAGGAAAAAUUCUUAUAGACUAAGUCAGAUAUUUUAUGUUAUCUCCCUCGACAACAUCUUUGUUCUCAUGGACAGGGCAAUAGACUGUACAAUGUUUCUGUUAAACUAUAGUAGUGCUGUGCAGUAGUACUUUGUGAAGUAGGAAGUUAAGCAAUUCUAAGGAAACUUUGGUUCUUUUCCCAAAGGUUUAUUUAUGGAAUGAUAACCAAAGCGUUUUUUUCAUUCUUAUUUUUUUUCUUUGAACCUAUCCAUGUGCAUCUGUGACUCUUCCAUACUAAUGGAGAAGAGAGAGCUGGGAAGCUGCUUUGGUGACUUAAAUUAAUCCUUACCUUCGCGGUUCCCCUUUCAUUAACACACUUCACAGCUGAAUUGCUUUUAUAUACUUUUUCAGUGUAGUUUGGUUUUUUUCCCUGUUGCCUUCCCUGAGGACUCUUCUCCUUGCUUCCAUGAGAAUGGGAAAUGGGAUGAAAAUACAUUAAAUCCAGCUUUGGGAAAAACAACAACUUGUUGGCUAUGGAAAGGUCUCCCCAGGGAAGUGUCAGAUGCUUCAUAUGUUUUUGAUAAUUUGAUUGGAUGCAGUUUUAAAGAAAUCCAGGGGGGUGGAAGGAGAGGGGAAGCUACAGAAAUACAGUCCUGAGAAGGGCUGUGACCUAGAGCAGCUUUUGAAUCUCAGAAUUUUUGGUUAACUUAUCAAAUCCAACAAGCACUUGAGUUGUCUGUUUGAUAAUGCUUUGUCCAUGAGUUCCACGUGCUAGCGAAUAAUGUUGUUGCUAAAAUAUCAGUGGUAUUAGCACUGAAUUCGUAGUUUGUAGAAAAGAAUGAGGGUAUUUUACAAUUGCAGAGCCGCUGCUUUGCUUGUGUGUUUCAUAAUGAGAAAUAUCUGAAGCAUUUCAGAAUAGUAGAACAUUUCAAUAACUACAUGAACCAGAAUAUUAUUUUUGGUGAGUGCUAAUAUUUUGUGUGAACUUUCUGAAUUACCAAAAAGUGUGGGGUACUGUCAUGUUUCUGUUUCAACUUGUGACAGUUUUGCUGUGAGAAUGAUUUAUGAAAGUAGAGACAACUUGGCUCUUAGAGGAAAAUUACACUUUCAGUUGAACUGGCUUCUUUUUUAAUACAUCUUGAAAUAAGACUUCUUGUGGAGUUAAAGAAUUUGUGGAACAAACCAGUCAGAUCUUUACUGUAUGCCCAAGUAUUAUUUACAUGAUAUGUCAUACCUCUGCUUUAGAGGCCCUGAGUCAGGAAGACUUUUCCUUUUCUUGAAAGCAGGAACGGAUUUAAGUGUUUUCCUGGGUUAAGGCUAUGUGUAACCUCAUAUUUGUAACCUCAUAAAUGCAUUACAUGGUCUUUGAGUACUAGUAAUAACCUCUUUUCUGUUAAUUUAAGCCUAUUUUGAUAGGAAAUUGGUAAAAUAGCUUGUGACUUGCAAUAUUAUAUUUUGUAAUUCUCUUAUUUUUAAUACAGUUGCUUAGGAAUAAAGUUUGAAGUGACAAAAAGAAUUCUUUAUCAGCAAUGAAUCUGACAGUUUAGGGAUUGUGUUACGAGUUGCCUUUUUCACCUUUAAGAACCUGUCAACAGCCUUAUUCAUAGUGCAGAAGAUGGAGAAUUUUCUUGUAAUGAAUAUAAAAGUCAUUAUUUUUUCAAAGGUUUUGUUUUUCUCUCAAGUUCUCUGGGCCCCAGACGGACUAAGCACAGACUGCGCUGUGUGCAAUCACCGCAUCUCAUCUGUAAGUUCAGACACUGCUGUGACAGUGUUGAGGGACUUGUUUGUUCGUGUCGCUAACAGACCCGUGGCAUUAGGCCCUCCUUCUUCAGGUUGGAGGCUGAAAAAGCUUCCAGGUGCUUCUCAGGGUUUUUGCCUCUUUCUUUCUCUCUUUAGAUAUUCUUUCCUCCAUUGCUUCCAGUGUUCUUGCUCUGCCUCUCUGCUGCUCUAAGGAGUCCAUGUCGCCAGUCAUUAUGGUUAAAGUUGAUCAAAGCAAUGAGAACACAUGUUUUUGGUGAGCUCAGCCUCAACCAUUGCUUGUUGAUAAAAAUGGUGAAACAUUUUCAGCAUCUUUGGAAGCCAAUGUUGCUAGCUUUAUGCGUCAUAAACUUUGCUUCACUGUGUUAGGAGUUUCUCAACAUUGAGUCCAGACUUCUAGUGACCGCCUGUGACUAAUAAGCAGUAACUCUCUCCAGUGGUACACUUUCCGUUGUCCACCCUCCAUUUGUCCACCUAGGUCAACUUCUUCACUGUCACUUACGCUGUUAUGUUUCAUUGAUCCUCGACCUCACCUACCUAUUUUCUAUCACCUAUCAUCUACCUACUCUUAUCUACCUCUCUUCUUCCCCUGGUUGACUCCUUCUACUGAAAGAUGGUGAAUUCUUUACAUGUUAAUGUUUUCCUUCAGGACAUACUGGCCUUAGAAAUGGAAAAUAGGAAUAGGGCCAAUGCAGGAAAUGAGCAAAAAUUUUUUGAAGUGUUUAGGCAUCUGAAACUGUGCAAAACGUGCUAGCAUUUCAAAUUGCAUAGUGCAUAACUUCCUUAAAAUGAACAAUGGAAAUUUGAUCCUUGCUUGUAUCUUUAUUCCCCUAAUAUUUAAAAAUGUGUCCUCAAGAUUUGUGAUUUAAACUGGACAGUAGAGCAGAGACUGUGUUUCCUCUGGGACACAGACAGUCUAACUUCUUUUAUUCAGGGACCCCUCUUCUUCAUCUAAGAUUUGUUUAGCUACUCUGUGGAAUCGCUGAACUCAAAUCCCAUGUACCUGCCAUCUCUGUUCUGACUGGCAUUAUAGGUGGAUUCCCACAUAUUUGUUACUGGAGUUUUGGCUCUUUUGAAAGAGGGAUAGUGGGAUAUUACCCUCUGACCUUCGGCCUUUUGGGUUAUAGUCCUAUUGUGAAAAUAUAAUUUCUGGAGUUGACUGUUUGCUUUUCUGUGAGUAUCCAGACUAGGAUGGUAUUCAGUCUGCUUGAGAAUAUAGUAAAUUUGCUGUGCUUAUAAACUGGUAUUCCCGAAGACAAGUAUCAUUCUGAAAUCUUCCUCCUGUCAUUUCUUCUGUCACCUAGAUUUCUCUUAAUUUAAGCAAAAUAUAGAAAAUGCUUUUAAUGUUCCAGGGCAUGUAUUUUUCUGUCCUUUCUGAGUCCACCAGUACAACUCUUUGCUGUUGACAUCCUUGCUCUUGAAGGGAACGUGAGCACUUUAACUGGGCUAACAGUGUGUGUUUGCACUGUUUGUUCUACUGUAUGGUUUAUUUGCAAUUGGGAUGAAGAUGUCAUCUUGUAAAUUAAAUAUUUUAUAGACUUCAGCAAAAAAGUGGUUGUUCCUUCCUCCGCCCUUCCCCCCAAUGCAGGCAAACUAUAUAGUGGAUGUUAUAAUUCAAUAUUCUUUUAAAUAAAUCGGAAAAAAAAUGUGUGGCCAAGUAUUUUGAGAUAUUUUAAUUUUAUCCUGACAUUUUAUCUCUUUGGGAAGUGUUUGUUUUAAAAUAUUUGCGAUUUCAUUAAGUAUUGUGUGUACCUUCAUUUACAUUUAGAAGGACCCCCUCUAAUGCUGCAGAACAACUUACAGGUGUGUUUUUCUUUGUUACUGUGUGAAAUCUCAUUAAAAUCAAUGCAAUUAUUUGCAAAACUGGAGCUGCGAUUCAUUCUAACACCUUUUUUGUCCCUGUACUGCAUUAAUCGUGUCCUCUAUAUUAGAGCAAUCAUGACAAGCAGAGCUAGUUUCAUUAAAGAUUAAUGCACACAGAACUAAUUUCUCCUAUCAUUAAUACUAAUUCUGUAAAAUUCAAGUUUGUUUAGAAAAACAUUUGAUUUGUUUGUGGAAACAGACAUUCUACUUGAAAUUGGGUUCAUGCAAAAGUGGUGUUUUCAAAGGACACGGUUUCUUAGCUGCUUGUGUAUAUUUCAGUUCUGUUAUUAAAAAUGGUAUUUUCCUGCAGGCCUGCAGUAUCAGCUGAAGCAGUGGAAAAUAAAAAUGCAUCAAACAAAUGAUGGUGGUUUUGAAGAAGCUGCCUUCUCUGGAUGUGAGCAGGUGUAAUAAAGUGGCUGCCAGUGAACACCAGUACAGACUGUCAUUUAUUACAUAUUGGUAAUUAAAAAGGCCACAGCCUCCCCAUUAUUCUUAGAAUAACUGUAGUCUUUUAGGAAUGACUGACUUUUAUGAUAAUCACACAAAUUUAUUGCAAUGCAUUUUAACAGUCUGCAUGGACAGCUAAUUAAACCUGAUUUAAUGCUUUGCUGUUAGGACUGAGAUUUAGCUGUGUUUCCCGUGUUACUACUUGUUUAAGUCAGUACAAUUUAUUAUUAUUUUUUUUUCAAAUGGACCAUUAAAGUCAUCACUGUUACAUGCUGUUUCUUUGGAAAAGAAGAGAUGACCCCUUGCAUAGUCCAGUUUGAUGAUUCAUUCUGUUGCUUUGAGUUAUGAACAGGUCUUGUAUUCCUGUAAAAUUUUCUCUUUUGAAAUUAGAGCUAUUUUGAUAAUGUUGAAAUUAUCUAGAAAAAGUAAUGCUGAUAACCUUAAACUCUCACUGGGAAAUAUAUUUUGUUUUCUGAGUGCAGAAACUGAAUAAAAAAAGAGCUGGAACCAUCUAAACAUUUAUAGAAAUGCCCUAUUAUUCCUACAAUAAGUGUUUCAAGCAAUUAAAGCAAUACAAAUAUUUGAUGUAGUGAGAACACUAAGCUAUGCAGCACAUUGCUGAGUACAUGCUAUGACAGCCAACUUAUGGAGUUGAGUUUACCAUAUUGAGUAAGGAGUGUUCUUCCUAAUCACUGGAAAAAUGUGCUGCAUCAUAAAAAAAAGGUUAUUCUUGGGUUGUCAUUGUGUUAGUAAAUAUAGAGUUCGGUGAAAACUCCUGUAUCUUAAGAAGGCAUUUCUCAUGAAGAAUUUCAGCGUAGAAUGUUUUAGAUAAUGUUUAAUGUCAAGGACUUCAGCAAUGGAGGCAAUUUUUCUAGAAAAUGAAGUGUAUCAUCAUUAAUUGCCAUCAUAAGUUGUCAAGCAAACCUUAUUGCUGCAUUUAAAAAAAAAAAAAAAGUGCAAUUUCGUGAUCCUAACCACCAUUUGCAGCUACCCACCUUGCAACACUGACAGUUUUAAUGACACUGUAAUGCUUCAGUAUAUAAACAUAAGUAUAUAUUUAACAGGCUCAGCAGAAACCAAUAUGCCUAGUGUAAGGAUGGAACUAAAUGGGUCAAAUAAGUUUAAUUCCCUUCAGCUUUGCUGGGAACACACUGGCCGAAAUUAUGUUCACGUGGUGACUGAUGGGUGAAAGAUGGUUUAUUGACCAGUAUUUCAAGUGGAAGUAUAAUAUCGUGUCCAUAACAAUGCAAGCAUGUUGCCUGUUUGGGUAAAGGCCAACGUAUGUCCUGGUGAGGUAUUAUUUCUAUGUAUGUAGAGAAAGAUACCGUGUAAAGUAGCCCCUCACUGUUAGAAGAUAUGAUUAUCAAAGAAAGAAAUAGUUAAAAAAAAAAAAAGAUGAAGAGGGGGGAAAGCUGAAGAAAAACUUAUCUUUUUCCAAAAUAUUUUAUUUUCUUAAGUAAAUCAGUGCCGUGGACAAGUCUAACAAAGCUUUAUGAGUGAAAUAAAAAAAAAAAUGUGUUUUUCCUUGCUGCUAUGUGACAUUGCUGUCAUGGUUCCUUGGUUAUUUCUGUGUGUCUGGGGACAGAUGAUUCCAAGCAGAUACUAUAGCAACCACUAGCAUUAUCCCACCUGGAUCGUUAUUCCAAAACAACAGGACAGGAGGAGAAUCCCUUAAAAGAAAUAAAACCAAAACUGUUCCACCAUAUAAAGAACACUGAGCAAUUAUGCAGCCACUCAAGAAUUUUAUGGAAGUUUAUUUUUAAUGCUUUCAUAACUCGCGCAGUUCACGUUUGAGGGACAAAUAGUCAGAGCUGGAGGUAAGAAUGCGACAGCAAUAAACCCCUCCUGACAGAUGAAACCUCACGUACAUUAAUGGCAAAUGACUGGUAACAUUGCAAAAUCAAAGUACUACAAACCCUGUAUUUAGGUACACAGUUGACCUGGGGAAAAGUUUCAGGAAAUAUGAGGAAAACUUGAACAAAGAUGUGGGGGUAAGACCAUUAUUGAACAGGAAAAUGAAUUGGUUCUCUAACUGCUAAAACAGACCACUGAAUGUGAUAGUCACUGAAAAUGAUCCUGUAUUUCUUUUAUGAUGAAAUAAUUCUUUAUUUUAACCUCUGAGGAUGGGUUCUUAAGAGCCACAAAUAGAGGUUUUAUAUUAUCACUUUCUGUGAAAUAAUGGUACAAUUUAUGCCUUUAAUAAAUCUUUGAAAAUCUUACUCUCCAUUUAAUUUUUUUUUUCUGCUGGCUAUUAAUCAAUUUUUUAAUAGGAAGAAAAAAAGAUUUCUAUGACAUUAUACUAGUCUCCCAUGUGCGUGCUAUCAGCAAAUAUUCUCCCAUACAUCUUCCGAAAUGCAUAUUUUGAUAUUACAAGCUCUGCUGGUCCUUCUGAGGGUAUUCCUGAGUGUUUCAAUGGAUUUGAGCUGGUGUACAUUGGUGGAGACUUUUGCUCCUUAAUUGCACAUAACUAUUGCUUGAGGCUUUUGAGAUUAGCAGCUUCCUUAGGGCUGCACAUAUGCUUUAAUAAUAUAAGUGCUGUAUUCUGUGCUAGCUCUUCUGUAGCGUUAGUUAUUGGAGCUAUCUGCCAGUGUUAUUAUUUUUCCAUGUAGCAGAAAAAAGAAUACAUCAUUCAAAAUGUGCUAUCAAAACCAGUGCCAUCAGAUUGUUGUUUUAAUGAAUCAGUGAUAGAACUGCUGUGAAUCGUACCAACAGCUAAACAGCCUUUACAAGGAGGAUACUUUGGAUGAACUCUUGGACAGAUCUUGCAGGGAGGAUCCUGGGAAGCGACAAAGAAUUCAGCAGCUUCAUUCUGGCAAGGUAAAUCACCGGGAACCUGGAUUUGAUUUUGCUUUCAAUGUCAAAUACACUGACAGUAGAAGAGUAAAGAGGGAACAGCUUUGCUUUAUAAGUCUUUUCUUUUUAAGUUUUUGAAGCCACUUUAUUGGCAGGCCACAAUGAUUUUGAUUCUGGGGAAAUUUUAUUUUCAUGCCUGUCCAAACUAUAUUUUGUGAGUCCUAAACUAGAAGCUUUUCAGUUCACACGUGCAUAUACAUUUACAAUUUUGAAUGGGACGGUUCUGUGUGGCCUGAAAAAAAAAAAAUCCUUAUUUUCAUUGGUAUAUUAGCUAUUAUACUUAGUUAUUUCACUGGUUUUCAGGUGUGCUAUUUUUUUUUUAGUGAAAAAUACAACUUGCAAGACAGGAUCUAUGUUUAACCCCACGUAACCACAGAUAUUUAGGUUUUUAAGGUGACAUUUACUUUAUAUACGUUUCUUUGGAAAGAGAUCUUUUGUAUUACUGAGAUGUGUGGAUGUUUUUUGUUAACGUGAAGUUUUCCUACAUCUAUGUUAGCUAGUAAUAAUAGGAGUGAUGCUUCUGGGGAUCCUUGGAGGCCUAAAUGAACUUUAGCUCUUGUUUAUUAUUGGGUACGAAUGUCUUAAUGCCUCAGCGAAUGGCUUUGCGAUAGGCCUGUUAUAAAAGCACAGCAACCUAAAUUCCUUCCUGAGAGGAAUGCUGGAGCAUGGGGUGCAGGACAGCUGGGAUUCAGGAUUCACUCUUGCUCUGCCAGCCGAGCUAAUCCCAGGGUGGCUCUGGCGUGAGCAAAAGGGCUGGUGUGGAGGUCUGGAGGUCAGGGGCUGCUGCCAUCCUGCUGAGGAACAAGAGUGGCUUUAUGAGCGCAGAACAGCAGCGAUGUUUAGUUAGAGCAAAGCCCUGCCUGACAUCAGUCUGUUGUCUCACUGCUGCAGCUGUGGUCCCCUGUGGCCUUGGGUCAGGGUCACCCUCUGUCCUUGAAACCCUUCCACCUCACUUUUGCCGUGUCCAACUUUGAAACCUCUGCUACUAAGAACAGUGAGAAUAGCACUGAGUAACACACAGCAGUUCAUGUGUUCAAAGCUCUUCACGAACAUUAACUAAUUAAGCCUCAGCAAGUCCUUAUGAUGCAGGUAUUUAUUCCAGCUGAGUGUUUGCAUUCACAAUUAAGAAUAUGCCAGACAUAAUCCUGCUGUCAAUCAGCCUAAUUGACUUAAAUGUCUAAUUGGCUAGAUUCUUCCAAGUAAGUUCAGUUUAAAAAAGGUUAGCCUGGGGAAGGCAAUUAUACAGAGGAGAAAAACAGAGUGCAAGAGGAAAUCCUCAGUCAGGGAAAGGCAGAGACAGCUGUCAGUGGUGGUUUUAAAAGCAGCCAGGGAGACAGGAGCUGUUUUGUUAUUACUGCAAAGUAUCUUCCAAGAGGCUUGAAUUAACCUGGAAUUAAAAAGUCAGUCUUCGUAAGUGGGCUUGUUUCAACAGGAGAAAUGCUAAGAGAGAAUCCCUAGUAGCAGCAAGGAGUAAAAGUUUCUCAAAGCAGAUGUUACAGUGUGGCUCAGCAUAAGAAGUUUAUGGAGCUGAGCCUUUAGCAGCACUGAGGCAGAAAUGUCUGAGAUUCUAACUAGGCAAAGAGCCUAGUUAGAGCUUAUAAGCCUCUGUUAAGCAAUUGCUACCUCCAGACUGAACCUCCAGUUCAGCAGUACUUACUGAGCUUGUGCUGCUUUGCUUUUGUGGCAUUUCCUUUGUUGCAAUUGUGCCCUAGGGAAUCAGGAAAGAGCACCAGGGGAGGCAGUGAUGCUACUCUUUGCAUAAGCCAAGAUUCCAACUCCCUCAUCUGGACUUUUUUUUUUUUCUAGAGAGUGGGUGUUUCUCUUCAUAUCUUGCAGCAGGUCAGCAUGUAACCUGCUUGAGGCUGACAUGCACCAACAUAAACAUUUCUUACUGAUGCGUGAGUAGUAGUUAGCGUCUGAAGUGGCAGUAAAUGGUACUCAAAAGAUGAAACAUCUUCUGUCUGGGACAAGUGAGUUUAAGGUCAGUUGGAGAUUGAAUGACAAAUGGCAAUUUUUACUAAUAACCACAUAUAUGAAUGCACACUAUAAGCAUUUUAUAUAUGACAGAUGAUACAGUGAAAGGAUACCAUUAUUACUCGUUCUUCCUAGCCAGCCAGAUACUGCGGUGAGCACUACUGAACAGAUCCACCAGACUUUGGUAGCAAGUCUAGGCCUCGUGUAGUCAGCUCCCUUCUUUGCACUUUGUGCAGCCUGGGCUGUACACCGCACACUUGUGAGACGCAGCACCAUGAGCUGUGGGCCCAAGCGCCACAGGUCCAGGCUGUCUGCUGCAGGGGUGUGCAGAAGGGGAAUAAAAGUCACAAGUGAGACACCUAAGGAGGCAAAUGUUGCCGAAGGAAAGUCCCAGGCUCAAAGGGCUUGCUUACCUGCCAUAUUCUCUCCCAAACAUUUUCAGUAGCUCUCCAGGGAACUAGAAGAUGUUUCAGGAGUUCACCACUCCAUCUUCUUACAAGUUAAGAUGCCUCCUGUGGCAUUCCUCGCUUGCCUAUUCUCUAGAAGCAUGAAAAAAGAUCCUGUAUGCUUUUCAGGCAAUAUGUGACAGUAUUUUGCUCUUCUUACUGUCAGAAAGUGAUUCCUAAUUUGGCUUCUGCCAAGUGAGUCUCUCUUGCCAAAACCUUGGCUCAUUGCUUCUGCUCAUAUUGAGAAGAAGUUUAGAGAACAGGUUAUUCCCUUUCUCCUUCUGCACCUGAAGGCUGUUCUCUCCACAGUCACUUCUCUAGAGAUGUAGCAGUGCUGGCUUCUGCCUCCAGCUAAAGAAUAUUUGGGAGAUGCAUAAAAGUUUUGACAUCUUUUGUCAUGUUCUACAAUAGUUUUACUCUCCUUUUCUCAGCUAUUAACAAUGGCAUGAGCAUAAAAGUUUUGACAUCCUUUGUCAUGUUCUACAAUAGUUUUACUCUACUUUUCUCCGCUAUUAACGAUGGCAUGAGCUGAUCAAGCUUGCAGUGGGAUGGACAGCUAUACUUCACCUUAUUUCACUGCUUAUUCCUCAUUUCAGCGCUGUGUGUAAGCUACAAACACUUUCCAAGUUGGGUCUUGCCUCCUGUUUUUCACCAGUCUCAUUCCUUUAUGUGUGGCUGCAGCACAUACAGACCUUCAUAACUUAGGGCAUUGCUGCUGGAGAAAUACUUCUGAGAACUGGGGCUUGGUGGCGCUUUAUAUGAAGAUUUAAGUACUUAGACCAGUUGUAUGAGCUUUAAGAAAAAGGAGGUCUACAAAGAUUAUUUAAAAUACCUUCUGCGGGGCAGCACAGAGACCCUGCAGGGUGGACUGUUGUGCUAGAGGUGGUACAAACAGGAUGUAAAUAGCAGUUAAAAGUGUGUCUUUCUUUAAAAUUUCACUACUGAAAACAAUCCCUGUGGAAAUUCAGAGUGAAAGUGAGCAGCAAGUUAGAUUUUUUUCAGUUGCUGCAGAGAAACCAUCUUCUUCUCUGUAUCCUGUUCUAGAAUCUGCAAACUUGGCUUUAAAAAAUGGAUGUGGCUACAGAUUCAAGCUGUCGAGUGUUACAACAUGAAAUGCAUUCCAGUGGGGAAAAAUGACAAUAUGAAAAAUUAUGUUUAGGAAAUGAUAUGGCUCAGAAAACUAUAUUAAUCUGUUGAAAAUGUUGCUUUAUAUAUUGUGACAUAGAGAAUGUUUAUGCCAAAGUAAAAUCCAAUAAUGUUACCAUGUUUUAAAAACAAAUGCUUUUGUGAU